UCAAGGAGGGUGGAUGCUGGGUAGGUGCUCGUCUUGGUUUCAAGUGAUUCCGAACGCGUACGUGUUAGUAAUCCUUAUGGUAGGUGAAGGCCGUCCAUGCAAUUACCCCGGCGAGAUCCAAGGGUUGAAGGGCUGGCCGCGUCGCUGGAGUCAAUCGACUACUAGUAAUACAUAUAUUUAGAAGCUAAUAGAAGCAGUAAAAUGACUGAUAGAAAUCGGAACCUUCUACACGAUAGCAUCAUUAAUUACCAUGCACAACACCAACCGAUUAAGUCAACUAAUCAGCAACAACCUGCAUGUACUCUAGUAAAUAAUAACGUCGCCGAUGGUGAUGGAUUGGCAGUUCUCUCACCAAUAAUAAGAAAGGAAGGCUUAUAUGCUAAAAAAGAAAAUAGUAAUUACCAGAGAUUCGUGAAUUAUACGAAGGAUGCAUCAGCGAAGAAAUUGCAAAAAGAAUCGAAGGAGAUUUUGGUAAAUCAUUCACCAAAUGAACAGAAUAUUGGAGGAAAGUAUCAACUUAAAAGAGGAUUAGCUCCUUUACUUAGUUGGAAAAAUGGAAGUCCUACCUUAUUUUCUAGUUCACCAGAAAAUGUUACAUCAAGUAAUAAGUUAAUGAUAAAAGAAAAUGAGUUAAUAUUAGCAUCUGUCGCAGCAUCAAAAACACUUUCUAAAUCCUCAGACACUGAUAUAAAUAAUGAAAACAUAGAGAAUCUAAGUAGCAUCAUCGAUGAGCGACGAGAAAUUGUAAAGCGCGAAAGAAUGACGAGAAAUCUUGAGUCUUUUUCACAGAGCUCAGAUUUAUUACCAGUAUUGCAUCCAAACCUCCAUGAUAAGCAUCUAAAGCAAACAAAUUAUAAAUUAACGGCUACAAUAUAUUCCGAUAGUACUUUUAUAACUCCUACAGAAAUCUCCCAAACUACAUUAAAUUUCCAUUCAAGUAUUAUGUCAUCCAACAAAAAUAAUAAAGACUCUAAUUAUCAAAACAAUAAAUUGUCAAAUGACAGAAAUAAUACUACAGACAACCGAGAUCCAAGCAUUGAAAUAACUCAAGGAAUUCUUGUAAAAAAACAAUAUUUAGAACAUAACUCAAAUACUAUACCUAAUUCUAUAAGUCGUGAGAAAAAUCAAUUUGAAGACAUGGAUAAGGACUCAAUAGAUGGAUCAGAGACCAUGCUAGAAAUCUACGAUGAUGAUGAUUCUGAGCAUUCCAAUAAUAAUUUGAAAAAGAAGCCAAAAAUUCCGGAUGGUGGUUGGGGUUGGGUUGUAGUUGUUUCAUCUUUAGUCAUAUCAAUGAUAGCCGAUGGUGUAUCAUUUAGCUUCGGCCUUCUUUAUAUUGAAUUUCUUUAUGAAUUCGAGGCUUCCAAAUCUACUACAGCUUGGAUAGGUUCACUCUUCAUGGCCGUGCCUUUACUUUCAGGACCUAUAAUGUCAGCAUUGGUAGAUCGCUAUGGCUGUCGUAAAAUGACUAUAGCAGGUGGCAUAAUUUCAGGAACGGGUUUUGUAUUGAGUAGUUAUGCGCACAGCAUCGGGGUAAUGUAUUUGACGUUCGGCGUGCUGGCAGGAUUGGGUUUGGGUUUGUGUUACGUCACUGCGGUUGUGAGCAUCGCGUUUUGGUUCGAUAAGAAGCGUACCCUUGCGGUAGGUUUGGGUGCUUGUGGAACUGGAAUAGGUACAUUUGUUUAUGCACCUAUGACAACAUAUUUCAUCGAGGAGUAUGGAUGGCGAGGCUGUGUUCUUCUGUUGUCAGGUACCUUCUUCAAUAUGAUCGUUUGCGGUACCGUAAUGAGAGAUCCUGAAUGGUGGAUACAGGAGCAGAAGAAACAGCAGGGACUGCUGUCUCCGAAAAACUUUCAGGGUGGCGUCAGUGGUAGAUCGCAGGACGGAGGCAGAUCUCAAAAUAGUCCUGUAGAUGAAGACUUUCCCGGAGUGGAAGAGUUAAGAAAGCUAAUGAAAAGCGGCAAAGCGCCAGAGUAUCUUUUACAGAAUCUUAGAACAAUCACGGAAACGCGAUAUAGUCCUGGUGGUAACCCAGCUUUCAGAAGUGUCGUUAAUUUACCAACAUUCGUCAGACAGAGUGAAAAGGUACCGCUGGAAGUUCUGGAGUCAUUGUCAUCAAAUUCACGACUGUACAACGUCAUUCUCGAAAACUAUCCGAGUCUAUUGCUAUGUAGGAGUGCAUCGGAUAAGAAACUAGAUGAAUCAAAUGGGGAUGUUAACAAAAGUGGUGUCACCAUGUCAAUGAGGUUACAGGACUGGCUCAAACAAGCAAAGGAAAAAGGAAAGAAAAGUCAGUCUCGGCCCGGCUCAAUUCAUGCUUCAACCAAGAUUCUCGCGGCAAGAAGAAUGUCGAGAAAAGAUCUAGAGGAAGCAAACCCCUUAUUGGCUAAAGAAAUUGCUAAGGCUAUUGCCGAUGCUGAGAGGGCAAAGUCCGUAUCCAGAUACCACCUUCCAGGAUGCGCUACCGGUGUCGUGCGCACAGACUCUUUACCAUGGCUGCGCCGUCAAUUUAGCACAAACACACAUUAUUUUAAGGAUAUACGAGUGCAUCGCAAUUCUGUCAUGUACAGGGGUGCGGUAUUGAAUUUGCAUAAGUACAGACUGAGGGCAAGCAGUUGCCCCAACAUUUAUAGAAAUAGCAUGACUACGCUUGCCAAAGAGAAUGAGGAGAAAUGGUACAGCGAACUAGUUGAUUUGCUGAAAGGUAUGAUGGACUUCUCAAUGUUCUCAGAACUUCACUUCUUGCUGUUAUCCUUAUCGACAAUUCUCCUGUUUACUUGGUUUAUCGUGCCUUAUUUUUAUCUUGCCGAGCAUUUAACUAGACAGGGGUAUCCUGAAUCUAAGGCAGCGAAUCUCUUAAGCUAUAUCGGCAUUACGAAUACAAUAGGAAUGAUUGGACUUGGCUGGGCAGGAGAUCAACCAUGGAUGAAUGUUACCAAAACAUAUACUUGUUGCUUAAUUGCUUGCGGUAUCUCAACUAUUCUAAUGCCCAUUUUUACACACCAUCAUUACGCGUUAGUCGUAACUUCUUGCUGUUUUGGCCUUUUCUUUGCCAGCAACUUCAGUUUUACACCCGUCAUCCUCGUAGAAAUCAUCCCCCUUGAACGCUUCACAACUGCUUACGGGCUUAGUCUGCUAUGUCAAGGUAUCGGUAAUCUUCUGGGUCCACCAUUAGCUGGUUGGAUCUUUGAUGUAACCGGCAGAUGGGAUCUGUCAUUUAUAAUGGCAGGUGGCUGGAUUAUUGUUUCGGGUUUACUUAUGGGUAUAAUACCCUAUACUAAGAAUAGAAAAAUCUGGGGCAGCGGACCCGUGGAGAUUGAGCGCGAAAGGGAAUGCGCUUGAUAUGAUUGAUAUGAUUUAUUGAUAUGAAUGCACCUUGAAUAGAUCCUUAAUU